AUGGCGGACAAGUAUGAGGAUAGUAGUUCAUUUUCAAUGGGUAAAUCCGCACAAGAAAGAGGACUUUCAUACGUGCCAAAAUGCUACGAAGCGCAAGCUUUUGAUAAGUCGAAAAGCGAUGCCAACAUUUGGGAUGCUCCUACUAUCGACUUGGCUCGCAUCGCAGAUCCCACGCACAGAUCCAUCCUCGUCCAACAAGUUGCAAAUGCUUGUCGUAAUCAUGGUUUCUUUCAAAUUGUAAAUCAUGGGAUAGCAGAAGCAACAGUAGAAGGAGCUCUCUCGGUGGCCUCUACUUUCUUGAAUCUAUCAACUGAAAGUAAGGCGAAAUACAUGUCCAACGACGUCCACAACCCGGUCAGAUACGGCACUAGCUUAAAAGAUGGAGUCGAUAAGCUUCAAUUUUGGAGGACUUUUCUCAAGCACUACUCUCACCCUCUCAAUCACUGGAUUCAUAUGUGGCCUGAUUCCCCUCUUCAUUAUAGACAGAAAAUGGGAGAAUACGUGGUGGAGCUGCAAAAGCUUGCGGAGAAGAUGAUGGGGCUGAUAAGCGAAUCUCUUGGGGUGGGGCCAAACUACUGGAAGAAGAAAGUGGAUGAAGGGAUGCAGGUGAUGACGGUGAACGGAUACCCGGCGUGCCCGCAGCCGGAGUUGGCCCUGGGCCUCCCUCCCCACUCCGACUACUGCUGCCUCACGCUCCUCCUCCAGGACUCUCCUGGCCUACAAAUCCUCGACCGGGGCACCAACACGUGGAUGCUGGUGCCCGUGGUCGAGGGUGCUAUCCAGAUUCACGUCGGAGACCAGCUCGAGGUGCUCACCAACGGACUCUACAAGAGCGUCGUGCACCGCGUCGUCCUCAACUCCGACAAGCCCCGCAUCUCCGUCGCCGGCCUGCACGCGCUUGGGAUGGACGUCCCGGUGGAGCCACUGCCGGAGAUGCCCGACGCCCGCCGCUAUAGGCAGAGCAGCUUCAGCGAUUUUCUUGACUUUAUUUCCAAGAAUGAUCUUGGCCAGGGGAGGGGUUUCCUCGACACGCUCAAGAUUAAUGUUGACGACACUACAAGGGAUCGCCAGAUAUAAUUUACAUGCUUUUUUUAUGUUAUAUCUUUUGUUGUUUUUCUACUCUAUUUUGCUUUUAUAAUUAGCUUUUCAAGCAGUUUGGUAUGUAAUAUAAAUAAUUGGUGGUGAUUGGGCCGAUGUCUUAGUUGUUGGUUGUUUUUCUCGGUGUCCAGUUCUUGUUUCUUUUGGUUUGUUUGAAGUUUUUCACGGAUACCUGGUGCGUUGGAGUCUCAGUUCCGACUGAUCUGGCUUCGUUGGUUUUUCCCGGCCGGCUGGUAAUCUGUUUUGGAGUUGUUUGCUUUGUCGGAUGCUCUAUCACUUAUUUCUAGCUUCGUUGGUUUUUAAUUUGUUUUUCUGUUUU